CUCCGAGAUCCUACAGUCUGACACCACUUACAGAUAUCCGCCGAAUCCUAGUCCCAGGCUGGUUCCCUUGCACGAUCCGUGGGACAAGGAUGACGAAGAUGUCAAAGGACUUGGGCGCAAGCGCGAUACACUGACUCGCCAAACCGACGCGAUUCCCUCGGAUGAUAGCACAAACGAUCUCGAGCAUCGCGUUCCAAGGCGCGGUUGCUCGGACAUAGUGAUGAAGCAAGGCGCCAAAAGCGCAGGGAUGGAAGACAUCCCGAAAGCGCCGCCACCAGAAACGCCGCCGCCAGCAACUGCGUCCAUUCCAGACCGGAACAUAUGUCAUGAGAUCAGUGGAGACUACUGGGUCAUGUCUCGCGAUGUGGCCGUCUCCAACGUGAAAGACUUCUGUGGACAAACAGAGCACAGCAAGAAAUAUAAUGUUGGUUCCGUCAACGAGCUCGAACUUUCGGUCAAGAACAACAAUGAUGAUUCACGCAGCCCGAAAGACUCGCCAUCGUGUGUUGAGCGAUUUCAGAACGCUGUCAUCGAUGGCUGCGACGGCGACGACGCAGUAAACAAUCCGCACAACUACAAAUUCGGCUCAACUUUGACAACAGGCGACGGAUGGGAGUACCGCAUGACUCCUCUCAGCAGGCAAGUCAACGAACUCAACUGCGACGCCAGUUACAGAUUCUUCUGGGACGGCUUCGAGAUCCGCGGGAAGAAUUGGCGCGAAGCUGAGCUCGGCGCCGGAGGCGAAGGUCUGUUAAAAGAGCUCCGUGGCUGCGGGGUGGUCUCCGACUGGAAGUUUGAACAAACGCCAAACGACUGCUGCUUUCAGUGGUACUCCUCUGGGAGCCUACCGAUUGGAACGAGAGACUGCGUCGGUCGUGCUGUUCAGAACGCCGGCGCGUCGAGCCCGGGCAAUUGCUGGGGGCCUAAUAGACGAGGUUUGCGCAGGCGGGAUAACAUCGACAAUUGGCCGGGCUACGGAGACAGCUCGCGGCACGUUUUUGAGAACGUGACAUCAGCCUAAAAGAUUGGGCGUCCAUUGCGGCAGAUAUUAGAUGAUAUGUUCUGGGAGGGCUCUUUAUCUUUGCGAUGUGGCCAGUGAGUGAGGGCACCUAAUAGUCUUGUUGGAUCUUUAUGGGAUGCUAAAUUGCAGGUUUUUCUCGUAUUCUUCAUAAAUUCUUCCACAGCGAGCAAGCACCGAUUUUUGAACGAUUUAUCAUUGUCAAAUAGCGAAGUCUCUGUAUGUGACCAAACGGACUCGUUUACAGCAGAACGCGCACAGCAGAGAUUGACAAUUUGCCCGAGAUGCGUUUGCUCGUUAUGAAGCAUUCAGACUCUUCUUAUCGACCUAUUGAGACUCAUGAAUAUGUCUGUCCUACAUCAGUGAUCCUCAUAAACCA